UCGCCGCAAUUUCACGCGGCGCUGCUGGUCCGUCACCCCCGCCAACAUGACGGGGAACGGGAAGGGUUACAACACUCUCCAUGACGGAGUGGACGAUUUUCCUCAUAGCUGGUCACUCACUAAGCAGCCCAGAGAGAUAGGGUAGGGUAGGUAAUGAGGUGACGAAGCCAACAAACGGGAGGACAACAACACGUGAACCAGGAGUCAACGGAAGGUUUGCCCUCAAACCCAACGCGAGCGAGAUGGCUGCUCGGCAAGUCCAAGAAAGCCAGGGUCGUCAAAGAUCGGAGAUGCCAGCGGAUCCGAGAGGUGAGGAAGAUAGAGUACGAGAUUCGAUGGAAAGAUGCUACGAUGAGGGGAUAUGUCCCGAUGACUUAGAUCUAGGAGAGGUGGUAGAGGAUGAGCAAGGGAAGAGAUACGUGGUGAAUGGAGUGGUGGAUGAAAUAAAAAAGCAGUGGUUAAAGGAACAUACAGUGAUCCUAAUUUACCAAGAUGAAGCAAAAAAGUUGUCGAGAGCUGUGAAAGAAGAUCUCAUCAGGGCCAAUGAAGAUGGAUGGAUGACACAACGUCGCUUCAACCCGGAGGUGAAAAGGGGGAGAAUUAGCUUCGAAGGUGCGAACGUGGUUUCGUAUGUGGCCAAUGCUAGUGAGGUGGCGCAAUGGUUGAUCAAUCAGGGGGAAAUCAAGUUGCGCUUGGCAGAUGAGGAGUACAUCACAAUUUGCAAGCCAUGGAUGACUCGAAAUGAGUUGAAAGAAUUGCGCUUACGAGAACCGUCAACAAACUUUUGGAUCAUGGCGUUGAGGGUUCCUAUGGACGCGUACUUCUACCUCAACUCUGCAGUAAGAGGGAUGUUCGGCGAAGUCUUGCAUGUACAUCCACCGGAGUACGACAGAUCCGGCUUGAAACUAAUGAAUGUGAAAAUAGACAUGGACCCUAAUGCAAGAUACGAGGUGGAAGACAAGUUGUGGAUCGAAGGGUCUGCCGGGGAACGCUGGAAGGUGGACAUAGCGACCCCAUACACUGACUAUUGCCGCAAAUGUCGCUGUGAAAGACAAGGAGCAAACGGUAUGGGAAUAAGAAGAAGGGUGGGAGCAUGGAGAAGAUGGAGGGAGGAAGAGUCAUGGGACGUGGGAGGAAGAAGUAUGAGGGAGGAAAGGGGCAUAACAGGGAGAUUGGGAGGCACAGGGGGAAUGGAUGAACUCGGGCAAGGAACAGGAAGAUGGGGGGAUUGGGCUCAGCGGGAAGAGGAGGCUCUUCGGUGGACAGAACAGAGCAGAGCCAGGCCGGAAGGAGUGCGAGAGAGGAGUCUCCAACCAAAUAUGGCAAAUACCACGACAUCCUCUCAAUCAAGGAUAAAGAUGGGAAGUGAGUGGUUGGGAGAGGAUAGCGCAGACGAGAGGGGAGAAAGAUCAGGGUCCGCGGUAAAAAUGGAAAGAUCAGCAGACAGCUCAGCAAACUCCAGGAAACAAAUGGAAGGGAGGACCACGAGUGUUGCGAGAUCAAUGAGAGAUCGAAGAGCAGAUACAGCUCACAGGAGCCAAGUGGAGGUGGUCAAACGAUGCCUAGUCCCGUUGCUCUGCACAAUGGCCAAUGAUGGGAUUUACUUUCUGGCGGUAGCAGGAGCCGAUGGUCAACCAAGGAUAUCGGCAGAGGUGAUCGAGUGCUCACCUACCCCGACACUGAUCAUGGAAAGGACGAAGAACAUGUACGAAAAUCACGUGCCAAUUUGGAUUAUCCCACGAUCCUCCAUGAUCAGCAUUUUCUGUGAAACACAAGAUGGUUUCUUCAAGUGUUACUUCCCGCUGUUGGACGCCAGAAUUCCACCGGAAACGGCGGAACUGUUGACCCAGUCUGGAAUAAGAUGGUACCACAUGUCGACUGUCGGAAAGAGGAAUAUGCACAAACUACAGGACAUCAACAUUAUCCCAGGUAUCACAGGGGCAAUCCUUCUGAACCUCAGUGAGAAGUUGGAUGAGGAGGAGGGGUUACAAUCAAAUUUCAUGGUAAACAGCUUGACCAAGGAGUGGGGAGAAGGAUCCAGGGUCAGCUCAUCCAGAUGUAGUUCGAGAGGAAGCUCUAGAAGUAACAACAGAACGGCACCUGGCAGGUCGGAGGAGGACGGAAAAUCGCAACCUGCUACAGUCUGCAUCCAACAACAAGCAGAGGAUAUCAUAGCGGAUGGAUAAAGUAAAAGUAGCUACGUGGA